AUGGAAACAACUAUAUCGAAUAAUAAUCAAUCACAAUUGAUUAAAGAAGAAACAGAAAAAAUUCAUUUACAAAUUUUAUUCGAAUUACAGCGAUUUAAAAAUGAAGUAAAUCAACAUUUUGAUUCAAUGAAAAAUAAUUUAAAUUUACGAGAAAAGAAAUCUUCAACAAUAUUAACUACUAAAUCAUUUAGUUCAUCAUAUCGUGAAAUAACUGAAUCUCGUAUAUUUAUUUCUCGAAAUUCACUUUUAACAGAUUUAUUUCAAAUAUCACAUAUUCGAGGUUUACGAAGUGUUUUAAUUGCUAUAUUAAUUAUACUUGUUAUACAAGUAACAAUUAAUGAUAUUAUAGAAGAUGGAAGAAUUAAUUUAGAUUUUGGUUUAAUCUUUAAAUGUUUUGCUGAUUUACAUGUUGCACUUUUUAUAUGGUUAAUUAUGCAAUUAUCUACAGCAAUUAUUGUUUUUAUGGGAUUUUAUUCUUGGACUAAAAAUCGAUGCAAUCAUAACAAAGAUUUAAAAUUUUACGAUACAAUAUGGCUACUUAUGUAUUUAACUUAUAUCGUCUUAUUUUUGGUCUUACCAUGUCGUCAAAUUAUGAAACAUCAAUUAGGAUUUGCUUCUGCAUUAAUCGUUUUAUUUGAACAACUUCGACAAUUAAUGAAAACUCAUGCAUUUAUUCGUGAAAAUGUUGAAAAAGUUCUUUUAUCAGUCGAAUCGAAAAUAAAUGAUGAAAAAUUUCAUUAUCCAAAUUUUUCUUAUUAUUUAUAUUUUUUAUUUGCACCAACAUUAAUUUAUCGUGAUCAAUAUCCACGUAAUACAAUAAUUCGAUGGAAUUUUGUUUUACAAAUGUUUGGAGAAUUUAUUGCAUCUAUGCUUUAUAUUUAUUAUGUUGUUGUUCGUUUUUGUAUACCAACAUAUGCAAAUUUAAAACAUACAGAAAUAACAUUACCAAUGUUUAUAUCAGUUUUAUUUGAUUCAAUUAUGCCUGGAAGUCUUUUUUUUUUAUUAAGUUUUUAUGGUUUUUCACAUUGUUGGCUUAAUGCAUUUGCAGAAAUGCUUAGAUUUGCUGAUCGAAUGUUUUAUAAUGAUUGGUGGAAUUCAACAACAUUUGCAGCUUAUUAUCGAACAUGGAAUGUUGUUUUACAUGAUUGGUUUUAUACAUAUGUUUAUAAAGAAAUUUAUGUUUUAACCGGUCAAAAAAAUCGUUCUAUUCCUGCUAUUUGUGUUGUACUUUUAUCAGCUAUAUUUCAUGAAUAUGUUCUGGUAUUUUCACUUGGAUUUUUUUAUCCAGUGAUGUUUUUACUUUUUGGAGUUGUUGGAUUGGCUUUUCAACUUUUCCUACCACGACAGAAAGGUGCAAUGUAUAAUAUACUUAUUUGGUUGUUACUUCUAAUUGGUGUUAGUCUUCAAUCAUGUCUCUAUUUUAUGGAAACUUAUGCAAGAAAAUCAUGUCCACCUAAUAAUACAUUUUGGGAUAAAUUAAUACCUCGAUCAUUUGUUUGUCGUAUGUCAUUACCAUCAAGCAAACAUUUAAAAAUAGACUUAUAA